UUCUUUAUAAAUCUUGUUGCGAAAUAAAUAGAUUUAACUGUUGCUAAUAAUCAUCACAUAUUAAUAUAAUAUGGUUUUGCGGAAGUAGCAGAAGCGUCUUUUAAAGUAAAUAGGCUUCAUAAAAUUUAACAGUUGUAACGUAUGUAUAACUAGACCUUGAUCUAGAUUAUUUAGGAUUAGAGAAGUUAAUUCUGUUUUAUUCUAUUUAUUAACAUAUGGACUACACUACAGUGAGCUAGAUUUAUAUGAUAGUCUAUAGGCCUAUUACUCUAGAUCUAAUUAAUUCGAUCUAGAGUCAAGUCGUUUUUUAAUGAAUACAUUAUACAUUUUGUUAUUUGUAAAAAUUUGUUGUAUUCAAACAGAGAUGAUACUCAGAUGGAAGCCUAAGCAGUUCAUUUUGGUUUAAAUUAAAAUCUAGACUUGAAACUAGAUCUAGUUAUAACUAUAACUAUUAGAUUCUGCGUAUAGAGUCUGAACUAGACUAUCAGAUUAGUAAAGAUAUAGGCUCUAAAUCUAUACUGGAACAAACCCUACCGUGUUUUAUAAUAAAAAAAAAUGUGUAUAGAUCUAAGUCUUCAUAAUCACUUAUCUAGACCUUAUUAUGAACUUGAGAAAUAAUCAUUUCAUGUGGCUAGACAAAGUUUAAUAGCAAAGGGAAAACAAUGGCUUCAGAAACUUUUUUUGAUGCAAGAAUUAAUUUUGGCCAGGGAAAGACUGCUACAACUCUUCGAACAGAAGAUGGCUGUUAUUACCCAGUGAUUCAUGAGCCUUACAGCCAUCAUGCUUAUUAUGGACAAUCUCGCUCAAAUUCAGCUCCACCAAGGCGAGGGGAUAGGCCAAUGCAUAAAACUACUUUAACUAUAGCAAAACCCCCAUGGUCACCCAACUAUCAUUAUGUCACAACAACAAAACAGUAUUUUAGUGGCAAUAAAACACUUGAACCUGUUCAACGUCUACAACCUUGUCCAUCUAUGCACAGAUCACAAAUUAACUUUGGUACUAAAGAAGAUCCAGAUCAUUUCUAUUCAGAGAAUAUGGUCACAUACGGUCCCAAAAACUGUAAUUCUGCAAGUCAAUUGCAUCUAAUGUCUAUCAACAACAAACUCAAUCAAACUGAAGGAUCAAAGGUCAGAGAGGUUAUCAAACCAUCAGAUGGUCAAUAUAGCUACUGGUCACAAUACAACAGAGUUCACAAUAAACUUGGGCUAUUAAGAGGACCUGGAAUGGCCAGAGAAUAUCCUGUCAGAACACAGUAUAAUAUAAUCACAGGGGAAGAAUGUGGUCCAGCCUGGAAACCAGACAAUCACAUAAUAUCAGGGAACAGAAUGCUUCAUGAGAUCAGAUCACAGCUUGUACACAAUCCUCUGAUAUACUAAUGGCAAUUUCAAUACUAACUUCAAUUAACCCUCUUACCUGUUCUGAAUCACAUAUUCUUAAAUGACAAAAAGUACUACAACAGUUAUAAGUAAUAAUUACUAAGACAUGUGAAAUAGAGCUCACAGGUCAAAGCAAAUAUUACAGUUCUUAUGGCAAAAAGUUUUUUAAAAAAAUGUGGCCAGUACAAUGACUACCAACUUUUCGUUUUCAUAAUAAAAUGUAAAAAAAAAACUUGUUAGGCCGUUAUAUAUGUUACAGCCAUUGAGCUGGUUCUCAAAAUGAAUACAUUUGUUAACUUUGUUUUUUGAACAUUCAUCUAUUAACUUUGUCUCAAAACCAAUUCAAAAAUAUUGAACAAGAGCUCAGUGUAUAUAUUUAUUUCAGUUUAUCUUCACUUUGACUUAACAUUUUCCUAUAGCAUAAUAUAUAACAACAAAAAAAAAGUCCUGAAACAACCAACUUAAAAAAAUAUAUUCAUUUCCUGUAAAUUCUAUAUUCUUACAAUUCGAUUGAAAGAAAUUUCAAUUGAGGAGCUAAAAGUAUAUGAAGUUGAUGAUUUUAAGUUCUCUAUUUUUUUUUAAAAAUCAAUCUAAAGGCCAGUAAAAAAAAUAAAACGCUGUCACUUUCUGUUGGAUUUCAAAUAUCCCCACAAGGUCUUAGACCAGCCCAUGGUUUUGUAAUAUAUUUAAAAGUCUUUAUAAAUUGUGAAAAAAAAAAAAGACUUUUUGGCCUGUUCUGUUAAUGAGAAUUCUUUAGAUAUAAUUACAUUCUGUGACUGAGGUAAAGUGCAGUAUAAAAGAAGAUCCCCCUUUGUUAUUAUUACAAGCCCAACGAAUGGCUAAGAGUGGUGCUAAAUCAACUAACAUUUACGUGCACCUAGCAUAAGCUUGCUGUGCAAUAAUGGUUGUAUUUUAGUUCACCAUGACAAUACUAGUGCAACAUCUGGUCAGGUAUUUAGAUCUCUAGUAAUACCAUCUUCACUUUUUCUAAAAAAUAAUUACUAUUAACAUUUGAAAAUAUUCAAUGACACUUCAAAUCCAUUGCAUACAAGCUAAGUAUCAUUUAGUGGAGAUUUUCACACAAAAUCGUCAACUGCUCUUUGUCUACAUCUUUAUUUUCAAGAUCCUGUUUAUAUUUUUGAGUAAUAAAAUACAGUAAGACAGUAAAAGAAAGAGAAAUAUGAAGAAAUGUGGUGGUGAUGAAAUGGAAGUUAAAGAAAUACCUUAGAAAAACGAAGAGGAUGAUUUGGACUUGAAUAGACAAAAUAGACAAUGUCAAAGAGACCAGAGUGAAUGGUCACCAUUAAUCAAAAUGACUUUGUAUACAGGUACUACAAGUGCCAACAAAUGAUUACUAAGUUUAUUAAAAUACUUCCCAUAUUAAUAUUUAUGUAGUCAUAAUCUGUACACUGUUAACACCAAAAAGCUUUCUGUUUAUAUAUUUGCCAACAUGAAAAUCUCCAAAGCAAAGUUGAAUUUGAUACCAUUGAGUUUAAAGUUACUGUUCUCUUAGUAUUAGACAAUUCUUAUGAAUAUAUUUGUUAUUUAUUGUUAAUCUACAUUUACUUGGGCAAGACAUGUUUCUGUUUCAUGUCACACAAUAGUUUGAACAUGUUUGAACAUAACAGCAUUUCAUUUGAACAGCAUAAUUAUGUUGCAAUGUUAGUGGGCUUUUAUUCUUAUUCAAUACCAUCAGGUUACUUGUAUGCUUCUUACUUAUGUCUGUGUGCGUGUGCAAUAACCAGUAUUAUAUUGAUUGUAGCCAUUUUCUAGUGAAUAAAAGAUGUAUUUAUUAACUUGUGACAUGUCUCGUUAGACUACUGGACUAUCAUAAACAAAUAUUAUUUCAGCUAACCCUUAACCAACGCCUUUUAUGCUGCAUGCUGAGUGCCUAUGUUUGGCAUCUUAACUGAGAUUUUGAUAUCCCACAGCACUAGUUCUGCUAAUUUAGUGGCAACUUAGCAAAUACAUGUAAAUAAGGCCCAAGUCAGUUGUAACAUGUAUCAGUUAUUAACUAGUUCUGCUACAGAAUGGGUUUUACCUUUCAAACCACUAUUUAGAACAGAAAUGAAUUGUAGGAUAUCAAAUGGUGUAUAUAUAAAAAUAUAUCAAUCUAUCCUAAUUAGAACCAGAAUUUACUGGAACCAAUCAUUUAAGUCUUAGCUACUCAAUGGUAGUUUUGAAGAAAUGAAAAGAGUGUAUGGCAUAAGGCUGUGUGAGUGAAGGGAGGGGGCAGACAUUUUGCACCUGUGACGUUUGAAAACAAAAGCCAACAGAGUUGAUCAACACUGAAAAUUUUAUUUAACACAACAUUGAAAAAGUUACAUAAUAAUAUACUAGUACAUAGAAAGCAAGUGUAUUGAAAGAAAAGCCAUUCAGAGCAUAAAUGUGAUCAAUUCAGUUGAACAACUUGAUUCUAGAACAAAAUUGGAACAGAUGAGCAAGACUUGAAACAUAAUUGUAACACAACAAAAAAAAAGUCAACUAUUUUUACCUUCUCAAUUUGGCAUUGAAAGAAAAUAUUCAAUGGCAAUUAUUUGGAUUAUAAUUUUUUUGUAAUUAAAUUUUAGUGAAACACAAAAAAAAUCCAAUUAAAACUAAGACUCAAGAUUUGAACACUGACUAAAGAAAAACAGCAACAAAUAGUCAGCAAUAGAGAACCAACUAAUAAAAUUGUAUCUAUUAAGCCAAAGAGUUUUCUGGAAGGACUAACUGCAGUAUGGGAAAGGCACUUAUUGCAGGAAUUUGCUUACUAUUCUAUCUAAACUAUUCAACUCGUCCUUCAAACUGUAUUUAAUUGAUGCCUACAACUAAAAGAAACUAUGGUGGCAAUGACAUGCAGACAAAACGCAUUAGGAAGUUGAAAUUUAAUUUGAACAAAAAAAGAUUUAUAGUGUCUACAAAUGAAAGCAAACAUUCUAACAUAGAACUACUGAUUACUGGUGCACUAAUACAAAAAAAAAAAACAAAAAAAACUUACUGUAAAAAUAAAUUUAAAAAAAUGAUACAAUCAGAUUUAAGACGAGGGAUAAGAAAAAAUAGAGAAAUAUGCCAUGAAUUUUGGGUUGUUGGAAGUUCUCAAGAAAUAAUUAUUUACCAUAUUUCAAUCAUUAUUUGAAAGCUAUUCUGUUAUGAAAUAACAGUUUGAACAAUAAAUUAUUUUUUUUUAACUAAACUAUUUUUUAUUUCUAACAAAGCUUAGAGAUGAAUGGCAACUGUUUGGGUUCAGAAGUGCAGUGAAAACAAUACAUAAGAAACCAUUUUAUAUUUAUAGAUAUGUUGAUCUAAAUACAGGAAAUAGUCACAAACAAAAAAAGUAACCCUUGGAAAAACUGACCAUGUGGUGAUUUGACCAACAUGGCAACCAGUGCUUCAAAAUGAACAUAAACGCUGAAACCAUUAAAAAAAAAAACGAAUUCAGUAAAAGAAGCAAAAAUAAAAAUAAAAUUAUUUUUGUUUAAAAAGGGAAUCCAACAGUCGAUUCCCAAGGUACGUCAGGCAUCAACAGUCAAUCAAAAUUUAUAUCAACUAAAUAAUUAAAAAACCUAUAGUAAACUUUAAUAUAUUUCUUUUAAAAACUUAAUAAACAAAGAUUUGUUGUUUAAACCUAAAAGAUUUCUGAUUAUCCAUUUCUUUAAAAACUUUAAUAUUGGUUGUAAAUAGUUUUAAAAUACUAUUUUUCCUUACAUUGUGGUUUGAGGCAUCAAAAAAAAAAAGUUUAUUCAAGCUUUUGAACAUGUACAACUAGCUGAAUAAAGCCAACAACCAGGUCAUGCACUAAAUGUAAUGAGCUUGUCAAACAAACAUUAAAGAGUUCACAGCCAAUGGAAAAUGAAAUAAGGCUCAUCUUUAGUUUGGAAGCAGGAGCUUUAAUCUGGAGCCUAUUGUCCUUAAUGUUAAUGUUGUCACACUAAUAACCUUAAAGAAUGUCACUUAACACGGUACAGCUAAAUACCUUAAUGAAUGUCACUUCUGAGGGUACAGCUAAAUAAGUUUUUGAAAAAUGUUAAGCUGUCAAUAAAACUUUUUUUGGCAAGGUGUUACAAAAAUUUGUUCAAUCAUCAACUAGAAACAAGAAUAAAAACACCUUGACAUAACAAACAAUUUUGUCAUAGCAUUUAUUUCAUUUUAGUGUCUUAAGACUUUUUUGAAUAGCAUGCAUGAAGUAAUAAACAUUAAGAAAUAGAGUGAGUUAAAAAAAAACUUAUAUUGGAAGAAUGUAUAGUGUUUGUUUUGCCAUAUUACAGAAAACUGUUUGAAUUUCGGAUCAAGACUGAAAAACAAUUGAUGUCUGAUUUAAUGUUGAAACUGAAAUAGCUUUUUAAAAAAAAAUCUUAAAUGAACAACCAAAACCAAUCAAUUCAAAGUUGGCAACACUAGGUUAAAGUAACCAUGUUAUUGAUUAGUAGUUUAUCAUAUGAAAACAGGUCCAGAACUUAAUGGUCAGCUAUGGAAUAGAUUAGUCUAGCGCAGGACCACUUAACACAGUUCUAUCACACAUGUUGGCUACAUGUGGCUCAACAAGUAAUAUUAACCAAAUGUAUUAGUGAAAAAGAAAAAAAACAAAA